CAUGUUCAGAAGCUGUAUAAGUAGCCUGUGAUUCCGUGGUGAAGGCAAGCUGUUGCUGGCUGAUUCAGGAAACAGAUCUUUCUGCAUCAGUUUUCAAAUCUGUAUCAUCUCAUCACCUCAUCAUGAAGCUGCUGGCUGUGUGUGUCCUGGUUUUCUCUGUGAUGGCUCGGACCAGAGCUGACCCUGAACCAGAUGAUGGCUCCACUGAUCCAGAAGAAGUUGACUUGGUCCAGAGAUCUUCUUGUCCUCACGGCUGGUCUCGAUUCGGGUAUCGCUGCUUUCGCUAUGUUUCCAGACCCAUGACCUGGGCUAGAGCUGAGAGACACUGUCUGUCCAUGGGAGCAAACCUGGCAUCAGUUCAUGACACGAACGAAUACCAUCAGGUUCAGUCUCUGAUAAAAAUGGCAACUUACAAGUCCGAACUGACAUGGAUUGGAGGCACCAAUGCACAGGAGACGAGCAUUUGGUUUUGGAGCGAUGGAAGCCCUCUCCGCUAUACAAACUGGUGUCACGGAGAGCCUAAUAAUGGGAGAAACAUGCAGCACUGUUUGGUGAUGAACGAUUCAGGUAAAAAACAUCUCACAUGA